GAUGCACAACCGUAAUCUGUCUGCCUCCUGCCAGACGUAUAAUUAUACUAGCAACUGGGUUCCUUCUACAUUCAGACGAUUUAUAACACGGUAGCCAGACCGGAGACUUGGGUUCUUCACAAGGUGCUUUCCUGCUGCCCUUCUGAGGAACAAGAUUCAAAGCUAAAAUAUUUCCCAUGGACUUUGGAUGGAUCUGCAGAGACCAGACCCGGAUGGAACCCGUGUGUGCCGAUUUCUGAGUCGCAGUUCAUUAAACACUGCCACUUCUCCUUCAUCAUUUACCCUUGAAAAGAAAAUGGUGAAGUCAUCUCCUAGAUGAUUAACCCCAGGAUCAACUGAGACUCCCAUUGACUUCCCGAACAAAGUGAUGGCUCGGGCAUGAUGUAGGAGCUCAUAGACUGCAGCCAUCAUUCAGUUGCCAUGGUUUUGUACACGUCUGCUUUUCCAAAUUCCUUCCUACAGACCCUUCACUCCCUGUCCUGGGGGCUCAUAUUUCCCUGCUACUGGUUUACUGACCGACUGUUGGUGUCCUUCCUGCCCACCACCUAUGAGAAGCAUCAAAGGGGAGAUGAUCCGUGCUACCUGAGGGCACUCUGCCUCACCAUCGUCAUUCCCAUCUGCCUGGCGUUGCUGCUUGCCUCCCUGCCAUUCGCACUGGUUGGUUUUGUGAUCUGGGCCCCUCUCCAGUCCGCCCGCAGACCCUACGUUUACUCAAAGUUUGAGGAGGGCUCUGAGGCAAGUGGGGGCACAGGGCCUGGCAACUGGAAGGCAGUGGGCGGCAAGAGCUUCUGCUUCGCCACGGCCAAUGUCUGCCUCCUGCCCGAUUCCUUGGCCCGUUUCAACAACCUCUCCAACACCCAGCUGAGGUCCUGCGAGGUGGGCAAGAGAAUCCGCAACGGUGCCAGCCGGCCCCAGAUUAAGAUCUACAUCGACUCCCCGACCAACACAUCCAUAAGUGCUGCAAGCUGGAGCAGCCUGGCCUGUCCUCACCCCAGCGAGAACAGCCGGCCAAACAGUGCGGGCAUCAAGCGGACUUCCUCCAUGGAUUACAAAGGAGACAACUUCAUUGGGAACUGCAGCGAGGAUGGCAAGGACUCCAAGCUGGGCUGGGAGCAGAGCGAUGGAGACAGCAAGUCCUGCAUCGUCCGCAUCUGCAGCGAGGAGGCAGCUUCCUUGCCUGGUAAGGAGGCGGACGCCUGCAGUGUGCAGGUGACCAUAACCGAGCCAGUGGAACAGCAGGGAGAGGCUGAGGCCGAGGACCAAAAUGACCAGACCCCAAACCACCGGCAGAGAGAAGGCGACAGGAGCAGCUUGGACAGCAACACUGCUUCCAGGGAAUCCCUGAUCAAGUUCAGGAUCACUGACGGGACCGCGGACGGUGGCGCCACCCCCAACAACAAGUUCGUCCACAAGGCCUCCGUCAUGAAGAAGUCUUCCCUGAAGAAGAAGAGGCACCAGGGUGCGACGUUUGACCACGAGCUCUCGGCUUUCUUCCCCGCCAACCUGGACUUUCUCUGCCUGCAGGAGGUCUUCGACAAGCGAGCAGCGGAGAGGUUGAAAGCUCAGCUGAACCCCUACUUCCAGUACAUGUUGUACGACGUGGGGAGCUACGCCUGGCAAGGCUGCUGCAGCUUCAAGUUUUUAAACAGCGGCCUCUUCUUUGCAAGCCGUUACCCGAUUUUAGACGUUGAAUUUCAGUGCUAUCCCAAUGGGAAAGGAGGUGACUCGUUGGCAGCCAAGGGAGCCCUGUUUGUAAAGGUGCACGUUGGAACCACAUCUCAGGACCAAAGAAUUGUGGGAUACAUUUCCUGCACUCACUUGCAAGCUCUCACAGGCGAUGCUGCCAUUCGCUGUGAACAGAUGGACCACCUGCUGAACUGGCUGGCCGAGUUCCGAAAAUCUACCUCUUCACCCAGCACAGAGGAGCUGCUGGCGUUCGACGUCCUGUGCGGGGAUCUCAACUUUGAUAACUGCUCCUCGGAGGACAAGCUGGAACAGCAGCAUUCUCUCUUCACCCAGUACAAGGAUCCCUGCCGCCUGAGCCCCGGAGAGGAACAGCCCUGGGUCAUCGGUACGUUGAUGGAUCCGGAGGGACUCUAUGAUGAAGACACCAUCACACCAGAUAAUCUGCAGAAGGUGCUGGAGAGCGAAGAAGGUCGCAGGGAGUACCUGGUCUUCUCCCACUGCAAGAACCAGCCAUCCUCUCAGAAGGGGAGGAAGGUGCCACUGAAAGGCUGUGGGCGGAGGAUCGACUACGCUCUGUACUCCGAGGAAGGCCUAAACCCCGACUGGAAAGUGGAGGUGGAGGAGUUCAGCUUUGUCACCCAGCUGGCUGGCCUGACUGAUCACCUGGCAGUGGCCAUGCGCCUCUCAGUGUCGAUCAGAGAGGAAGACCCUUGACUUCCAGAGGGAGAAGAUGAUACUGUGUGGGAAUGAGGGGGCUCAUUUUCAGGUUCACCGAUGAGGAAGACAUCCAAGCUGACUAGGCCUGAGGCCUCCCACUUGAUUUGUCUACAGAAACGAUUUAGAAGGUGGUGCUGAGGUCAAUGAUCAACGUUGGUUAUUUCCAUGCUCUAUGGCAGAAAGCAGAGGCCUUGUUGUGGACUCCCAGAAGAGUGGAAAGUUAAGCUGACAUGGAUAUUUCACACUGCCUUGGACUGGUGCCACUCUUGAGGUGUUCCCUCUCUUUUUUGAACUGCCUAGCACAACUUUAGAUUUUGACAAGUCCGUGAAUGAGUGUUUGAUGUGAUUUUUUUUUUGCAGAACCCUUUGUAUAACUUUUAAUGAAUCUGACGAUACUUUUUUGCCUUUCAAUGAGCAUUGCAGUGACAUCUUCGGCAUUAGUGCGUGUCCUGUUCCCGACAUUGUGUUAGUGCAUGUCCCAUCGCCGAAGGGGGGUGUGUGUGUGUGUGUGUGUGUGUGCGCGUGCGUGUGUAUGAGUUGCAGCUCAGAGGAAAGGACCUAACCAGAUUGUUAGUCCUGCCUGGGACACAUGGACUGUGGCAGACAUUUAUUUGCAGUCAUCCUUCAGUUUUUGUUAAGGGGGACUUUGAACGACACUGAUCACCUGUCAUCAGUGGCAGGUAUCGCCCACCCUUGUGUAUCAGACAGCGAGCAUUGCCAACCCUCCCUGAGGGCUACUUCUGAUGGGGAACGUUGCGGCUGUGAGCACUGCAGACCCUGCCAGAAGGCUGCAAGUGGCUCUCCCAAAGUGGGAGAGUCACGGACAAGGGGACAGAGCUGCAAAAUAAGGGGCCGGUCAUUUAAAACUGAGGUGUGCAGAAAUUUCUUCUCUCAGAGGUAGUGAAUCUCUGGAAUUCUCUGCCCUGGGGGGUGGCGGAGGCCAGAUCGUUAAAUAUAUUUAAGGUGGGGAUGGAUAAAUAUUUGAAAGAUCAAGAAAUUGAGCCUCGUGGGGAUCUAGCACAGAAGAGGCCAGCAUAGAUCAGCGAUGAUCAUAAUGAGUGGUGGGGCAGGCUUGAGGGGCCUGGCGUCCUACUCCUGCUUCCUAUGUUCUUGCGACUUUGUUAGGAGACUAUUUCAGUCAAUGGCGCCUACCACACAAAGUGUAGGAGAGAGGACGAGCACUGCUGAUCCUGUCUGGGGAAGGGUUGGUUGACUCAAGUAUGUCGGAGCACAAGUGGACACCCAUUCACUAAAACUGCUUCCCUUGGACCCACGUUAAGUUCUUCCCCUCGUUCCUCCCUGCAGCCCAGAGCCGCAAUGGAACAGAAACUAUCCAGGGCCAUCCUCCCUGUAAUUGUCUCUCUCCUUCUCCUGAGGCCAAUAGCAAGGUUCUGUGGACUUGCAUUGAGUAACAGGCCAUCCACAAACCAGGUAACCAAUGAGUGGAAGGGGAGAGGCUGGAACUGUGACCAGUGCCCACAAACACUAACAAAUACAAAUGGGAUUUGCACUAAUGCAGGUCAGCGGUAGGGAGAGAGAUGAUGAAGAAACACAAUUUUAACUAGAGUAACUGUACACCAAAAAUCUGCAGAGUUGCAGAGAACAACAGAAAAUGCUGGCAAUCCUCAGCAGGUCAGGCAGCACCGGAGA